CCGCCGUCGUCGUCGCCGCCGUCCCCGCCCGGGUCUGGGUCUGGGUCUGGGUCUCCUGACGGUGGCCGUCCCUCUUCCCGCAAGGCCGCCGCCGCCAUGAACCAGUUCAGCUUCGGGUCGGGCGCGGCGGGAGGCGGCUUCACUCUGGGCACGCCGAAGACGGCCGCCACCACGGCCACGACCGGCUUCUCCUUCUCCACGGCCGCCGCCUCGGGGGGCUUCAGCUUCGGGAGCGCGGCCCAGGCGCCUGCCGGCAGCCAGCCCGCCGGGCUCUUCUCCUUCAGCAGGCCGGGCGCCGCCGCGCAGCCGGCCAGCUUCAGCUUCGGGACGCCGGCCACGGCCACCGCGACUCCGGCAGCAAACGUGUUCCCGCUGGGGGCAAAUGCACCAAAGUUAAACUUUGGAGGCAGUACUGCAACUCAAGCUACUGGAAUCACAGGGGGCUUUGGAUUUGGUAGCUCUGUACCAACCAGCGUGCCCUCAAGUCAAGCAGCAGCCCCUUCUGGCUUUGUGUUUGGAUCUGCUGGCACCGCCGCCACCACCGCCGCCACCACCGCUCAGUCUGGGACGACCGGAGGGUUUACUUUUUCCAGUGGUACCACAACUCAGGCCGGGACAGCCAGCUUCAACAUCGGCACUGCAGCUCCGCAAGCAGCGCCCACAGGGUUGACCUUUGGAACAGCACCUGCAGCUGCUGCCACCACUGCUGCCACCUUAGGAGCUGCAGCCCAGCCAACAACCCCCUUCAGCCUUGGGGGGCAGUCCUCAGGUCUAAACUUUGGGUCGUUGCCGUCAACAGCAGCCACUAGUGCACCCACAGCAACGCUGACCGCUAGUACCAGCCAGGGACCCGCUCUGUCCUUUGGAACCAAACUUGGAGUACCAUCCACAGCUGCUACAACUGCCUCUACCACCACAACCUCCAUUCUUGGUUCAACGGGGCCUACGUUGUUUGCGUCUAUAGCGAGUUCUUCAGCACCGACGUCGUCUACCACCACGGGCCUCUCGCUUGGUGCCCCUUCCACUGGGACAGCCAGUCUUGGAACGCUUGGGUUUGGAUUAAAAGCUCCUGGAACAACAGCUGCCGCAACAAGCACUGCCACUAGCACUACUUCUGCUUCUGGCUUUGCUUUGAAUCUUAAGCCAUUAACUACAACUGGUGCGAUUGGAGCUGUGACUGCUACAGCUGCCAUAACCUCAACCACCGCCACCAGUGCGCCUCCAGUGAUGACUUAUGCCCAGCUGGAGAGUUUGAUAAACAAGUGGAGUCUGGAACUGGAGGACCAAGAGAAACACUUUCUCCAUCAAGCUACGCAAGUUAAUGCCUGGGAUCAGACGUUGAUAGAGAAUGGAGAGAAGAUUACUUCAUUACACAGAGAAGUAGAGAAAGUGAAGCUUGAUCAGAAGAGACUGGAUCAGGAACUAGACUUCAUUCUGUCACAGCAGAAGGAGCUUGAAGACUUGUUGACCCCUCUGGAGGAGUCUGUGAAGGAACAGAGCGGGACUAUCUACUUGCAGCAUGCAGAUGAAGAACGGGAGAGGACCUAUAAACUGGCUGAAAACAUAGAUGCUCAGUUGAAGCGUAUGGCACAAGAUCUGAAGGACAUCACUGAGCACUUGAAUACAUCAAGAGGCCCAGCAGAUACAAGUGACCCGCUUCAGCAGAUCUGUAAAAUUUUGAAUGCGCACAUGGAUUCGCUGCAGUGGAUUGACCAGAACUCAGGAAAAUUGGUGAGGGUGUAUGUGUUUAAUGUUAUCAUCCCGCCCGCCACAACAGAAAAGCCACAUCCAGCCGUGUUGCAGAGAAAGGUAGAAGAGGUGACAAAGGUUUGCGAGAGCCGCCGCAAGGAGCAAGAGCGCAGUUUUCGGAUCACAUUUGAUUGAAUGACUCAAAGUUUAAAGGAUUAACCUAAAAUCUCCACAGAAAACAGAGGUUGUUGGGGAUGUAGGUCUCAAAUCAUGACCUGGGUUUGUUUCUUUUCUUGCAAUAAAAUUUGUUGCUUGUUCCAAA